AUGACUCGCCUAUGUCAAAUUGGGUUGGCAGCUCCCAUCGCUUGGUUGUCAGCGUCAGUUUUCACUUCUUAUGGGCAGGAGAUAGGCAAUUCACCCAGCCUACCCAUGGUCAUUAACACUUGGGGAGGCCCUUUUACUGCAGCUACAGAUGCGGCAUACCUAUCUCUCCUGGAUCCGAAGACAUCAGCCCUUGAUGCUGUCGAACUUGGGUGUUCUACCUGCGAGGUCAAUCAAUGUGACGGAAGUGUGGGCUACGGCGGUUCUCCAGAUGAGAACUGUGAGACAACUCUAGACGCAAUGAUAAUGGACGGCACAAGCAUGAAAUCAGGAGCCGUCGCAGCCCUCCGGCGCGUCAAGGAAGCAAUCUCGGUUGCGAGGGCGGUGCUGGAGCAUACGACUCACACGCUACUUGUCGGCGACUUCGCGACCGACUUUGCGGUCUCAAACGGCUUUGCGGUGCAAAACCUCACGACGGAGAAUUCCGCCGCGUCGUGCGGACAGUGGAAGGCGGCGAACUGCCAACCCAACUACCGCAUCAACGUGUCGCCCGACCCGUCGGGCUCCUGCGGCCCUUACGCGCCGCUUGCUCUCAACGCCAGCUCGGCCGCGUAUACGUCGCAGCUACUGCCGUCCGGGGACAAGCCCGAGGGCCACGACACGAUCUCCAUGAUCGCGCUGCACGCCUCGGGCGCCAUGGCGGCGGGCACCUCGACCAACGGCGCGAGCCGCAAGGUGCCGGGGCGGGUGGGCGACGGCCCGAUCACGGGCAGCGGGUCGUACGUCGACGGGGAGGUCGGGGGCUGCGGGGCGACGGGCGACGGGGACGUCAUGAUGCGCUUCCUGCCGUGCUACCAGGCCGUGGAGAACCUGCGGCGGGGCAUGGCUCCGCAGCAGGCCGCCGAGGACGCCGUCCGGCGGAUGCUGCGGAAGUAUCCGGACGUGCAGAGCGGCAUUGUUGUUGUGAAUAAUAGAGGCGACCACGGCGGCGCGGGGUCCGGCUGGGGUUUUACGUAUGCGUAUCGCGGGGGCGGGAUGAGUGAGACGGUGGUUGUGAGCGUGCCGCCUGUGGUUGCUGUUGCUGUUGAAGCGGGUGAUUUGCGAUGA